AUGGUUCCAUUGGAUGUAGUUCACCAUGCAGCUGGUGAUAUGUUCCGUAUAAUGUGCAGUUCAGAAGCAGUGCAGAAGCGGUGGAAGUUGAAAGGCUUUUUGGUAGCAUGCGCUUGUCCUCAACCACCAGAAGAGAAACAAGUCAACAACAAGGCCACAUCCACAAGAAGCAGAGGCAGCAACUACUACAAUCAACAGGGCCACAACCACAAAAAUCAACAGCGGCAUCAGCAGCCAGCCUACAUUGAGCAAGAGUACGAUAAAUCUUGGAACAUAAUAUCUGACAGCAACAACAACAACAACAACAACACAGCAACAACAACCAUGAACAACCUGCACGAUUACAGCCAGUCAUUCAUCGACAUCAUGAAGCCUACCCUCCCGCCGUCACCUCUCUCCUCGUCAUCGCUCAUGAUGACGUCAUCAAGUUAUCAUCACGUGACCGAGAUGGGCGAUAUUAUGUCCUUUGCUGACCUGGACGCCAGUGAUUUUCCACCUAGCAACACCAUAUCAAAACAACACAGCUACACCAAACAGCUACACCAAAACACCUUUCAACAUCAACAUUGUUAUCCAAAAAACCACAGUAACAAUUACACUUUGCAACAACCACAACGCGAUGGUGAAAAGGUUAAGCUGUCUGGUGCAGGUGUUGCAAUGACUAGGUUCAAACGCAGAAAGAUCUCACCUAUCACGUGCAAAAUAUGUACUGCAUACAGACAUGCGGAGUGUUCACAGUUAGCUCAGUCGGUAGGAGUGCCAUGUCUCGCUCUGCUCUUACGCGAGUACAUGGUUCGAAUACUGUCUGUCAGAAACUCAAAGACCAUCAUAGGCGUAUGA